AUGAAGGAGAUCCACACAAAGGUGCCCAUCAUCCCGAUCAUCGCCAAGUCUGACACGAUGACGUCGGCCGAGAAGAAGGAGUUCAAGGAAUGGGUGCAGCAGAAGCUGCAAGAGGAGGAGAUCAAGAUCUUCCAGUUCGAUCCGUCGACCAUCGACGAGAUGUCGAGGCAGGCGGAGGUUGCGACGGGCCCUCCGUGGGCAGUCAUGGCGACCAAGGACACCACGAUCGAGGACGGCGAGGUCAAGGCUCUGCGCAUUUACGACUGGGGCGCCGCGGACGCGGCGAACCCGCAGCACUCCGACCUGCUUUUGCGCUGCAGGAGCUGA